AUUCUAAAGUGAAAGCUGAAAGUGCUGUUUCUUCGGGAAGAGAAUUCGACCAUAGAAGAACCUUCACCGAAUAUCGUGUGAAUGCUGACGUCAACAUUUGUUACGUUACUGAUAUUAUUGGGGACCCAGGAGUUGUUUUGCAGCAAGGUCACAACAAGAACCAACAAUUGGAGGAACUUUAGAGACGAUUAUCUAUCAGCCAGCCAAACUUGCUAUACACUAGGCUUUACGAAGGAACGAAGGGAGAACAGCUUGAAAGCGAAAGAAAUAAUUGCUUUUGAUGCCAGCUUCAGCUCAUCAAUGACUAAAAUAAAGAGUGGACAGAGACUGGUGUUCGCCUUAGUAGAUGAAAACAUAAACCAUGGAUACAAUGCACGUACUGGCGUCUUCACGGCACCCGGAAGUGGCGUGUUUGUUUUUCAAUGGUCCACAGUCGUGACUGGCACACACUAUAUCCAAACAGUCAUCGUUGUCAAUGGAAAGAAAAGAGCUUUGAAUGAAUGUAACACCACGCGGGCAAAUAACGACUCAUGUACUCGAAUGGCGGUCGUCAGACUGGCAGUUGGAGACAAAGUCUGGAUCGAAUGUGUCAAAGACAAUUCCGCCAUUAACGAUUAUAAAAGUUCGGCAUUUACCGGGUUUAGGCUAUAGCACUGAUGAUAACAACUGAAUUAUUUUAAAAUAAAUACAUUAUGCCCCCUGCA